AACCGUUACAGAAGCUUAUUUUUAUCGAUAGUCUAAUAAUUCAAUCUGGACGUAAUGUAUUUACAGUGCGUCAAAGUUUUAAACUCGUGACCCGACAUUCUCGUCGGAAUUGUCAUGAUGAUUGUACAGCGAGGGAUUGGAACAAAAAUGAACAAAUAUAGGUGCUAAAAGCCCAUAAGAACGAUUCAAUAUGAAUUCAUCGCGGAGAGCAAAGUCAUCUUGGCGGUUCGCCGCGUUAAUAUCAUUGAUCAUUAUCAACACUCGACUGUGUGGCGCCGAAACAAGUGGAGAGUAUCUUCAAAAGGCAAUGAUUGAGCUUCAAGAAUUAAAUGUGCCGUCUAAUAGCAUUACAAUGCAUGAUCGAUUGUCGACGAAUCACUAUCAAUAUACCGGCUAUCAAGACGAUUACAGCCAAGACAAUAUACAUCGCAAGUUGAGCACUAACAAUGUUCAUCAAAACAUCAGGCCUCAGGAAAAGCCGAUCGCGAAUAAUGCAUUUGCCGAACAAGCUCAGUCUCCCUUCUUAAUUUUGGAACCCACCACUGCGGCUAGUUACCCAAAGGUAAAACAAGCGGAGCCGUUGGUACUCACACGAGCGAAACUGGCCGCCUUGUACAAACAGGCCUUGGAAAAAGGGUCAGCGAUCAGCGUUGCAGCUUUGACGCAGGCACUGAAUGCCGCGGGCAACGGCAACACGACGCCGCAGGUCGGUCACCUGCAGCUACCGGCUAAAUACCCGUUGUACAACUAUUACUUCUUUCCGCUUAAGAGCUUCGCGUCCGAGUUGCAGGGAGAUCAUAAUCAGCAGCAGGCUGCGAUCGUUCCAAUAUACACGGCCACGGAAACUGCGGGGAACACUCAGAAGCAACUUAUGAAUCCGCUCUUUGUAGCGAUAGGCACGUUUAUCAGCAUGGCUCUUCUAUUCAUGAUGGGUGUGUUAUUUCUACCGAAAUUGCCGCACUUCGAGCUUUUUAAUGCGCGAGUAGCGGACAAUGAUGAUUUUUUGCGUCUAGCGACUUUCGUGAUGAAUGCCAUAGACGGACGGAAUCGUUGGAGGAAUUUCAGCACAGCUAGCUGAAAAUAAGUGCGAUAUCGUAAAAUAAAAAUUAUCGCAUUUUUACAUCAAAGAUGUUGAAAAUAUAAUAUUAAAGUUUGCGUGAAUAUGAACCGAUCGUAGAAAAAGUUACAUAUAUAAAAAAGGAAUAUUUAAUAUACAUAUUAAUAUGAAAUAGCAUAUUUAAACGUAUUAGAAAGACAAAAACUACGGUUCACGUAUUAUCACGUUUUAACAGGAAUUUAAAUGUAUCUGUAAUAAGACCUACAAAGGGAAAAAUCUAAAAUUAAUUAAUA